AAAAAAAGAAGGGAAAACGUGUUUACAUUUGCGGGGCUGGAAGGAGGCGGACUGGCCGGGGAACCAACAGCAGGCUGGAGGCGGCGCCUGGACAGCAUUGGCCCAGAGCGCGCCACUCCUCGCCUGGACAGCCAGGCGCGUGUGGGAAGUGGCAGAGCCAGACCGCGGGAGGCAGAGACAAGCUCAGUUGCAGAGGAAACAUGGCCGAGUAUUCCCGGGUGCACAACUCCCUGGCGCUGAUCCGCCUCCGAAACCCACCGGUCAACGCGAUCAGUACUGCUGUACUGCAAGGAAUCAAAGAGGGACUACAGAAAGCUGUAAUGGAUCAUUCAGUAAAAGCCAUUGUGCUUUGUGGAUCAAAUGGCAAAUUCUGUGCAGGUGCUGAUAUCCGUGGUUUCAGUUCUGCUAAGACUGCUGGUAUCUCACUGGGAUAUAUAGUAGAUGAAAUACAGAAAAAUAAGAAGCCUGUGGUGGCAGCAAUCCAAGGUGUGGCUUUAGGAGGGGGAUUAGAACUCGCCCUGGGCUGUCAUUAUAGGAUCGCACAUGCAGAGAGUCACAUUGGCUUUCCAGAAGUCACUCUAGGAAUUCUUCCUGGUGCCAGAGGAACCCAGCUUCUCCCCAGGCUCAUUGGAGUUCCCGCUGCUCUUGACUUAAUUACCUCAGGGAGACAUAUCUUGGCAGAUGAAGCUUUCAAAUUAGGUAUUCUAGAUAAAAUUGUGACCUCAGACCCCAUUGAAGAAGCUAUCAAAUGGGCCCAGAGAGUUUCAGACCAGCCCUUUGAAUCCCGUAGAACCUACAAUAAACAGAUUCAGAACUUGCCCAAUAUGAAUUCUAUUUUCAGUGAGGCCCUUUCAAAGAUGAGGAAGCAGCACCGUGGGUGCCUUUCUCAGGUGACUUGUGUCCAGUCAGUCCAGGCUGCAGUGCAGUAUCCCUAUGAGGAGGGCGUCAAGAAGGAGAUGGAGCUGUUUAUGUACCUUCAGCAGUCUGGACAGGCCAGAGCCCUGCAAUACGCCUUCCUGGCUGAGCGGCUUGCAAAUAAAUGGUCAACUCCCUCUGGAGAGUCCUGGAAAACAGCGUCAGCACGACCCAUCUCCUCAGUUGGAGUUCUCGGCUUGGGGACAAUGGGACGAGGCAUUGCCAUUUCACUUGCAAAGGCCAAGAUCCCUGUGAUUGCUGUAGAAUUAGACAAGAAGCAGUUAGAAACUGCAAACAAGAUAAUAAACUCCAUCUUGGAAAAGGAAGCAUCCAAAAUGCAGCAGAGUGGUCGUCCCUGGUCAGCACCAAAACCCAAGUUAACUACAUCUAUGAAGGAGCUUAACAAUGUAGAUUUAGUCAUAGAAGCAGUAUUUGAGGAUAUGAAUCUGAAGAAGCAGGUUUUUGCUGAACUUUCAGCUGUGUGCAAACCAGAAGCUUUUUUGUGCACCAAUACUUCAGCCCUGGAUAUUGAUGAGAUUGCUUCUUCCACUGACCGUCCACAUCUGGUUAUUGGUACUCACUUUUUCUCGCCAGCUCAUGUCAUGAAGUUGUUAGAAAUUAUCCCCGGCCAACAAUCUUCCUCCACUACCAUUGCCACUGUUAUGAACUUAUCAAAAAAGAUUAACAAAUUCGGAGUAGUUGUGGGCAACUGCUUUGGAUUUGUUGGGAAUCGAAUGUUGUUUCCUUAUUACAAUCAGACAUAUUUCUUGCUAGAAGAAGGCAGUUCACCAGAGGCGAUAGAUCAAGUGCUAGAGGACUUUGGUUUCAAAAUGGGACCGUUUAGAGUGUCUGAUCUUGCUGGGUUGGAUAUAGGUUGGAAAUCUCGAAAAUGGCAAGGUCUCACUGGACCUACAUGCCCUCCAGGAACUUCUCCCCGAAAGCGAGGUAACAAGAGAUAUUGUCCAAUUCCUGAUAUGCUAUGUGAAUCAGGACGAUUUGGCCAGAAGACAGGAAAGGGUUGGUACCAAUAUGACAAGCCAUUGGGUAGGAUUCACAAACCUGAUCCCUGGCUUUCCGAAUUUCUAUCACAGUACAGAGAAACUUAUCAUAUCAAGGCACGCAUCAUUAGCCAGGAUGAGAUCCUUGAGCGCUGCUUAUAUGCACUCAUCAAUGAAGCCUUCCGUAUCUUGGGAGAGGGGAUAGCUACUAGCCCAGAGCACAUUGAUGUUAUCUAUUUACAUGGGUAUGGGUGGCCAAGGCACAAGGGUGGACCCAUGUUCUAUGCUUCCACAGUUGGGUUACCCACAGUGCUAGAGAAGUUGCAGAAAUAUCACAGGCAGAAUCUCGAUAUCCCCCAGCUGGAGCCAUGUGACUAUCUUAAAAAACUGGCUUCCCAGGGAAACCCUCCUCUGAAAGCAUGGCAAAAUUUGGUAGGACCUCUCAGCAAUAAAUUGUGAUUUCAGUUUGUGCCUCGCAUAAAUUAUGCCAGGUUAUGCUUCAUGUACUGACGUCAGGUAAUAUUCAGAUAAUUUCAUUGAAAUGCAAUCCAAAGAUCCAGAGUUAGAUUACUCUGAAGUACAAAAACUAUAUAAAUAAUUUGUCAGCUAAUUGGCUCUUCUGUGUGGUGAUUCUCAUGUGUUAAAUCUUUAGGAAUGUACUUUCUGUGCCUCUGAAUCUGUCCCUGUCAGAUAAAUAAUUCCAAUUCCAAAGAUUAAUCUUGUGCUAAUACCAUGUAGAUAAGGAGAGAGCUGCAAGAAUAAAUUUAGGCUCCAAAGUGCUUUGCUCAUUAGAAAAAUAUGUCAUCAAUUAAUAACUGAUAAAUACAAUGAACAUAAAUUUAUUUGGACCCCUUUCAACUUUACAUACACUACAUUGGUAGGAAAACUAAUGGAUCCUUCAUUCAAAAAACAUUCAUUAUAUACACCCCGAGCAUUUUACAUAGCACUUAGCACAUUUAGAGCCUUGAAGGGUAUUAACCCAACACAGAAACCUGUGAUGAGGUUCAAACCAUAAUCUGGAGGUGGGAGAUGGCUAGGAGGAUAGAGUCAGCAGUAAGGGCGUCUGCAAAUGAGCACGGAAAGUUUCCCAAGGAAAGGCAGAGGUUGUCGCCAGAAACAGAGGCAGGGUAUCAAAGGCAAAACUGUUAAUGUUAUCAGCAAAACACAGGUGAGCACUGGUAAAGGAACCAAGUACUUCAGACCAGAAUGGGAAAUGCUGGUAACUUGGCAAGUCCUGCUCAGUGUAUCACUCUAUCCAAGGCUGUCACCUUGCACAAUUGUGCUUGCUGUUUGGUAGGGUUAAAUAAUGUUGUAAAUUUCCUUAAGACCAGAGGAUGGCUCUAAUCUCAUCUUUCUUUACCAUUCUAUUCAUGGAGAAUAUAAACUAAGUUGCUGAUUUAGUAUAAGAAGGAAUCUUUGAGAACAUCUAACCACCUGAUUAUGUGAUAGAGGAAUGAUGCCAAUAUCCCUGUCACAAUAAACUUCUGUGAUGCUAGAUAUGGAAAUGGUUGAGUCUUGAAAACAUAAGCUUAUUGUACAACAAAUUUUAUAUAAUUUUGUUAUGAGUAUUUUUCUUUUAACCUUUGCUUUGUAUUGUUAAAAGUCAAGAGGCUGGUCAACACAAAAAUUUGUACAUAAAUGUUUAGAGCAACAUUAUCCAUAACAGGCAAAAAUUAGAAACAACUCUACUGUCCAUCAGCAGACGAAUGUAUAAACAAAAGUAUGGAAGAGCCACACAAUAGAAUAUUAUUUGGCCAUAAAAAGGAAGUGAGGUGUUGAUGUAUGCUACAUCCUGAUAAGCCUUGAGAAUAUUAAUGCUAAGUGAACGAAGCAAUCACAAAAGCCAUAUAUUUCAUGGAUAUUUAUAUGAACUGUUCCAAAUAGGCACAUCUACACAGAGAGAAGGCAGAUUGGCAGUUACCUAAGGCUAGAAUGAUGGGGGGUUGUGGGCUGGGAGUAACUGAUAAUGGGUAGAGUUUAGGGGAGGUUAUUCCAAUGUUCUGAAAUGAUUGUGGCUAUCUGAAUUUGUGAAUCUAUUAAAAAUCAUUGAGUUGUACCACUAUGGAAAGCUGGAGGUUCCUCAAACUGCUAAACAUGGAGCUUCCCUACGACCCAGCA